CAGAGCCGCCGCAGUCUCUCCACCUCGAGCCGCCCUCCGUGCCCCCCCUUCUCCGUGGUUCCUAAAUCCUAAGUCCCAUCCCUCCCUCUCCGCCUCUGUGCCCCUGACCUCUCCCCUCCCUCCACACAGCAGCAGCAGCAGCAGUUUCUCCUCUUCUGUGUUUUAUUUGCGGGGAUCCUCUUCUCUGUGUUUCUGAAACAACAGAGUUCGAAUUCAGGCCCACAGUUUCCCUUUUGAUUUGGUAUUCAGCUCAAUUCGAUAAAUUCCAAGCCCUCAAUAUCUGCAUCCAAACGAAGCCCUAGUGAUUAGUUAAAUCCCGCUGGCCUUCGCAAUUCUGGAUCCGCUCCUGAGACCUACACGUCUGCUUGUGCCGCAGCGGCAGGGUCACCAGGGUAUACAGAACACUAGACCAGUUCAGUGCUGCCUCUGAUAGAUUUUUUGGUUAGGGAACAAGGAGCAGCAAUGUGUUGUGCUUUUUGAGGAGGGAGUUAGGGAAUAAAAAAAAUUGUUUUCCAAUGAUAUUAUUCUGAUUAGAGAACAAUGAACAGCAAUCGGUUGUGCUUUUUGAGGAGUUCUUCUUCGGCAUGCAAGAUUGAUCUGGUCCUUGUACCGCUGUAGCUCGGUCCCUGGCCUGACCCCCAGCAGGCAGGCAGGCAGGCGCUGGUGCAAGACGAGGAGUUGGUUAAUUUCUGUUGUUUAGGAUGUGUAGGAUCUGUUUUGUUCUGUUAUCAUCCUAGUGCUGUAAUAUUUUGUUGGUUUUGAACACUUCCUUGUAAGCUGGUAUCCCAGCAUACUGUUUUUCUUUCUAUAAAGCUGGGUCAAUUGACCUUUCCUCUGGGAAAAAAAAAGUAACUUUGGAUCCUCCAUGGCGAAGAGCAAUACUGGUUAUCUUGGUGUCUCCGAGCCAAUCUCAUUAAGUGGACCAACUGAGAAGGAUGUCAUGCAGACAACUGAGGUUGAAAAGUUUCUUGCUGAUGCGGGCCUGUAUGAGAGCCAAGAGGAGGCUGUCUCACGAGAAGAGGUCUUAGGGAAACUCGACCAGACUGUGAAAACUUGGAUUAAGAAGGCCACUAGAGCGAGUGGUUAUGGCGAGCAGUUUGUGCAAGAAGCAAACGCUAAGAUCUUCACAUUUGGUUCAUACCGCCUUGGGGUGCACGGUCCUGGCGCUGAUAUUGAUACAUUAUGUGUGGGUCCAAGACAUGCAACUCGGAAUGACUACUUCUUCCGGUGUCUUCAUGAUAUGCUAGCUGAAAUGCCAGAAGUUUCUGAGUUACAUCCAGUACCAGAUGCUCAUGUGCCUGUUCUGGGGUUCAAACUUUGCGGGGUGUCUAUUGACCUUUUAUAUGCAAACCUUGCACACGUGGUGAUUCCUGAGGACCUUGAUCUUUCUCAAGACUCCAUACUGCACAAUGUUGAUGAACAGGCUGUUCGCAGUUUAAAUGGGUGCCGAGUUACUGAUCAAAUCUUACGAUUGGUCCCAAACAUUCCGAGUUUCCGCACAACCUUAAGGUUCAUGAGAUAUUGGGGAAAGCGCCGUGGGGUUUACUCAAAUGUUAUGGGAUUUCUGGGUGGCAUAAAUUGGGCAAUUCUUGUUGCUCGAAUAUGUCAAUUAUACCCAAAUGCUUCACCCAGCAUGUUGAUAUCUCGGUUUUUCAGAGUCUACAGCCAGUGGAAGUGGCCCAAUCCUGUUACACUUUGCCAUAUAGAGGAGGGUCCACUUGGCCUCCCUGUUUGGGAUCCAAGAAGAAACUUUAGGGACAGGGGCCAUCAAAUGCCUAUAAUUACGCCCGCCUAUCCUUGUAUGAAUUCUAGUUAUAACGUAUCUGUUAGUACUAGGUAUGUGAUGGUCCAAGAAUUCACAAGGGGAUACGAGAUCUGCCAGGCAAUAGAUGAAAAUAGAGCAACCUGGGAUGACUUAUUCGAGCCAUAUCCAUUUUUUGAGUUAUAUAGAAAUUAUCUAGAGGUUGUUAUCUCAGCAAGGAACGAAGAUGACCUCAGGAAUUGGAAAGGAUGGGUAGAGUCUCGCCUUCGUACACUUGUAUUGAAGUUUGAGCGAUAUACACAUGAGAUGCUUCUUGCACAUCCUCAUCCCAGAGACUUCUCAGAUGGAUCCAGGCCAUUGCAUAGCUUUUACUUCAUGGGUCUUUGGAGAAAACAAACCGUCCAGCCUCAAGAAGCUGAACAAUUUGACAUCAGAGGAAUUGUUAAUGAGUUUAAGAGCUCAGUCUGUGCGUACGCACAUCGGGGAGAAGGAAUGGAUAUUGAAGUGUCCCAUGUAAAAAGAAAAGAUAUCCCUUUGUUCGUUUUUCCUGGUGGAGUGCGUCCUCCUCGUUCUUCCCGAACAGCAGGCAGGAACGGUCAUGCUGUUUCUAGAAAUGAUGUUUCUGCUGAUGGUCAAACUGGAGUAAGAAACAAUGUUUCAGCUGAUGGUCAAGUUGGAACAAGAAAUGAUGUUUCAGCUGAUGGUCAAGUUGGAAAUCCAUUGGUCACUGAGGGUUGGAGUGAUCCGCCUACUCAAGGUCCCUCUGCUGGCUAUCAGUUGCCGGAAAAUACUUCUUUGUUGGCCAACUUGGCCUCUAGGUUAUCAAAUAACGAGACCCAACAUAUUUUGAAUGGGGAUUCAAAUCUUCACACAGAAUCUGUUGAGCAUGAACAUCCAGUGCGUUUUCUUGGAAGUACAUCUGCUCCUGUGGACAAUGCUGUGUUGGAUGUAAUCAAGCCACCUAACAGCAUUCCGUCUACUUCAAGCAAUGGUGGUCCAACAAAUGGGUUGGGCAUUUCUUUCAAUAGUUCACAUAAGGAAUCCAAAGGGAUUCAUGUAAAUAAUCUCGUGACUUCCUCUCCAACAACGACUGAUGGACUUGAUGAGCUGGUAUGGCCUCAAGCCAAGUCUGACAAAAUACAUGCAAAUACUGCUCAUGUUUCACCUUUGGAAGGAUGUUCUGGAACUUCCCUGGGGCAAGCAGUUAAUUUGAGUUCCCAUGGUAAUAAUCAUGUGAAGCGCAAGGCUGAGGAAGAGCUGGAGCCACUUGAGCUUGCUGCCCCAUCAGUCCGAGCUGCUGCUCCGUCAACAUCAACUGUCAAAAGAAAGCCCCUCAGGCUGAGAUUGUCAACUGUGCCACAACCAAAACCAGCCGAAGGAAGUUCCUGAACCCAAUACCAGGCCCAAGUGUGAAGAUAUGGAGGACUUCGUUUUUCCUUGGAAAGGGCUUAGGAUUUGUAUAGUGCAGAAAAGUAAUUUUUUUUUGUAAUUUUGAGACCUUUUCAGCCGAUGUCACUUGUGGCUGGUUGUACUGAAAUUUUCUCAACUUUGCCUGACUGUUGUGUACCUGCUCAAGAGUUAUAUAUAAAUAUGUUAUGCAAUAUCA